UCCUCCCCGGGGGUGGACUCGGGACUGAGGAACUGGUUCCGAAUAUGCCGGAACCCGGCGCCGGGCGACGCUGGGUCACGUGACCAACGGCCCCGUCGCGUGCGUCAACGUGAUGUUCUGGCGACUGGCCGAGCGGCCCCGCCACCUUCGUCGCCUGUGCAGCCAGCUGUGCACCCGUGGGGCCGACAUGGAUCUGGGGCCGAUGCGCAAGAGUUACCGCGGGGACCGAGAGGCAUUUGAGGAGGCUCAGCUGACCUCUCUGGACCCCCUGAAGCAGUUUGCUGCCUGGUUCGAAGAGGCUGUUGCGUGUCCUGACAUCGGGGAAGCCAACGCCAUGUGUCUGGCCACCUGUACCAGAGAUGGGAAGCCCUCUGCCCGCAUGGUGCUGCUGAAGGGCUUUGACAAGGAUGGCUUCCGCUUCUUCACUAACUUCGAGAGCCGGAAGGGGAAAGAGCUGGACUCUAAUCCCUUUGCUUCCCUUGUCUUCUACUGGGAGCCCCUGAACCGUCAGGUGCGUGUGGAGGGCCCUGUGAAGAAGCUGCCAGAGGAGGAGGCCGCGUGCUACUUCCACUCCCGCCCCAAGAGCAGCCAGAUUGGGGCUGUGGUCAGUCACCAGAGUUCCGUCAUCCCUGAUCGGGAGUAUCUGAGAAAGAAAAACGAGGAAUUGGAGAAGCUGUACCAGGAACAAGAGGUGCCAAAGCCAAAAUACUGGGGUGGCUACAUCCUGUGCCCACAGGUGGUGGAAUUCUGGCAAGGCCAAACCAACCGCCUGCACGACCGGAUCGUCUUUCGGCGGAGCCUCCCGACAGGAGACUCCCCUUUGGGGCCCAUGACCCGCCGCGGGGAGGAAGACUGGCUCUACGAGAGGCUUGCUCCCUGACUCCCGGGCUGCGGUGCCCACGGGAGCGAGGACCAGGUGCUGAGAGGGUGUGGGGCUGGGAGUCGGGCCCUUCCAAGGGCCACCAUUUCCCUCCCCACUUCUUACGUGUAGGGGUCUUCAGAGUUCAUCCUUUCAGUACCCUCUACUUGGUUGGCUCUCAGUAAGCUCUAGUGGAGUGUAAUGGUGGCAUAGAGAAUCACAAAUGGAAAGUAAUCUCAUCAUUAUUUUCUUGAUUUUGACAAUAGUUUACUGGAAUGGCUCCCUCUAGAGGGAGCAGCUGCUGUAAAUCCCUCUUCUGGUGACACAGAGUGGGUCCCCAGCAGCCCUGUCUUUUUACCACCGUGACUGAGUCCUACUGGCCUAAGCUGAUUGGUCCCAGCGUAAGCACCUGAGCCAAUCUCGCCCAUUGGUUUUACUUGUCAACUAUUGGAAAUUGGACACGGAGAGACCCAGAGCGUGCUCACUGUAGCCGCGUUGUUAUUGGCAGCCAAGAAGCAACGGCCUCUGGCUGCUGCUCUUGCAAUUCCCUGAGAGGCCUGGCGCCCUCCUUCUCCGCCUGGGCUGUGCGGUUCCUCCUCCUGCCUCACACACCCACUGUCUCUAAAAAGAAGUUUAUUUUGACAUAAACUUGCAGAAUAAAUUGCUGUUGAUUGCAAAUAAAAGAACCCUAACUCACACGUUUAUUAACAGAUACUCUUACAGCAUUUACCCUGCUGAUAGCUGCCUUCCAUUCUCUGAAGCACAGCAGUGUGGGGAAAGAUGGAAUUUAUUCUCUGUAUCUCCAAAGGACCCAUCGGUGGAUAUUACACAGAAAUAGAUUUCACUUCAAUAUGGGGAGAGAUUGCCAGGGGGAGGGGGUAGUGAGCAUUAGGUAGUGAGUAUUCUCUUACUGGAAGCAUUCAGUCCCAGUCAGGAGUUUUGUAGAAAGGAUUCAUGUGCUGGUACCUAUAGGCCAGGAAGAUUUUAAUCAAGCUUUAUUUUCCAUGUUGGUUUAUAAACAGUAUUUAUUUAUUUUACUUUCCAGUAAUUAAAUUAAAUUAUUAUAGAGAUUCUGCCUUUCUGACUACUCACACAUCCCCUUCCCUACUCGUCACCUCUCCGCGUCACUGGUUUUCACCCACAUUGGAAUUACGGGGCAGGGGCGGGGGGGGGCUUUAAAAAUCCUGAUGAUGCCUAGAUCCUCCCCUUAGAGAUGACUUCACGGGUCUGAGGCAUUGGGAAAUUUAAAGGCUCCCCAGGGAACUUUGUGAAGCCAAGGUUCCGAGCCCCUGGGCUAGACCCUUGUGUGGGCCUCAGGACGGCAGGCAGCAUUGGCACCACUUGGGAGCCCUCCCCAGACCCACUGAGUUCCCGCCUGCGUUUAACAGGACCCCCACCCACCCCUGGUGACAGUGUCCUGGCCUCAACCCCUAAACCUGCCCCUCACCCUCACAGCCGGAUUCUCCGGGAGCCCUCGGCUGGCCUGUGCGGAACUGUAUUUGCUUUCCUCGGGCACAAGUCUGGUGACCAGGUCAGCCUGGAUGAGUGGCCUGCAGGCUGUGGAGAGGAGCCGGGCUGGGUAAAUGUUUGCUGUGACUCAGCCAGGAAGAGAGGACGGACUGUUGUUUGUGCACAGUGGCAUUGAACCUGCCACUCUGCACACGGCUUCAUUCACUGUACGGGCAUGUGCUUCAGCGUCUGCGAGUGACCAGCUCCCCCAAGGGCCUCUCUCUUGCUGUUGAUCCCCCCUCAAGCCCGAGCACAACCUUUCUGAGACCUACAGGAGAGGGCGCUGGGGACCCUUCCCUUGUCCUGUUUGUGUUUCUGGGAGCUGUGUCUCCCCAGCUUUGAGCCUGGUCUCAGCAGUUCUCUUCUCUGUCCGGCAAUCACUUUGCCAGAUCUCUAAUAAAAACUCAUCAGAUGUGCGUGAUGUUAAUGUCCGCUCUGGCCUGUCCCCCACCCUAGGAAGGAGGGGAGUUGGGGGAUUAAGCAACUCUGCCCACUUCGAUUUUCCUCUCUUGGGAGGUGGGGCAUCCAGCAGGGGGCGCCUGCUGCCCAAGGUUGGCCCCUUCUUGGCUGCACAGGCCAUUGUGGCCUGCCCCGCCUGCCUCCCCCUCCCCGCUUGGGUUGAGGCCCAGUGAAACUGUGGUCGAUAACCCGUAGCCUCUCCCGGCUCCUGCACAUAUUUGCACUUUCGGUUCCUCCUCCUCUGGCCUGGUAAAAACUCACAGCUGCCUGGGCUGACUCCCUGGGCAGCCAGAUAUCCCUUUGGCCGUUGGUAACCACCCCACCUCCUCACCCCCAUCCACUAAUGCCCAGGUUAGGGGAGUAUGUGGAGUUUCCCGGGAAGAUUCCUGCAGUCGUCAGUUUGGGGCCGUGGAGCAUGGUCAUAGGCAUGGGGCAGAGGGGUCCGCAGAACCUGCCAACUAGGAGUCAUGGUGGCAGUGAGGUGCCAGCAUUAGGCCACAGGUAGGUCUGUGGCCCAGGGCCCAGCUUCAGCCCCCUGCCCUCGCCUCAGGGAAGCUCAGGAUGGGCAGGAGCGGGAGGUCCCUACAAUCUGGGGUCUCAGGGUCCACUCAGCCUCCACGCUGGUUGGCUCUCCCCCGUUGGUCCCAGAGUCUGCAGCACCCUCAAAUGGUGCUCGCCUCCCAGGGUCCCACGGUCCAGGCCUUGCCCUGGCUCAUCCCGCCUCUCCUUCAGCAGAGGGUGACUGGUUCCUUUCUUUGUCCCGAGUUUCCCAUCCCUAAGCAGAUGCAAAUCAGGAAUGGAAGGGGCUGUGUGUUUCAGUGGUCACAGCGCAGCCCAGCUCUGGCUUCAGUCCCAGCCCCACCUCUGCGAGGGCAUGGUCUCGGGUGAGUGACUUCAAGCUCUCUAAGCUCAGCCCUCACCUGGAAAAUGGGGGUAGUUAGUAACGGGCCCUGUCUCAAUGGGGCACGAGAGGAUUAAAGGAGGAACCUCAGGGAGUACUUGCCACAGGGCCUGUCCCAUUUUAAUCCUCAUCCAAGGAUGUUUCUUUGUUUUUUGAUCCUCACCCAAGGAUUUUUUUCCCAUUGAUUUUCAGAGUGGAAGGGAGGGAGGAGAGGAGAGAGAGAAACAUCUAUGUGAGAGAGACGCAUCGAUUGGUCGCCUCCCACACGCGCCCUGACCAGGGCCUGGGAUCAAACCCACAACUGGGGUACAUGCCCUUGAAUGGGAAUCGAACCUGCAACCUUUUUGAUGUACAGGACAACACUCCAAUCAACUUAGCCACCCAGCCAGCGUGGGCCUGGCUCAUUUUAAACCCUCUGUAAACGUCAGGUAUUAACAGUGGGCAGGACUGGAGUGUGGGGGAGUCUGCUCCUCCACGGGAGGCUUUAUGGACUGAGUUACUGGGGGGACCUUAGAAAGUUCCGUCAUGAGGAGGGAUAGGGGAAGAGUCCUGUCCUCCUCCUGCUCCCGGUCUCUCCCUCACUCUUCCUCAGAGCUCCCCAUGCCUUGGGUGAGGCCACCUAACAAAGGCCCCCUUGUAUGGUCUGUUUGUUUUGGUAAUAAAGUUCCUGAGCAGCACUCCUUGGGGUGGGGUGGGGUGGCCCAGCAGCCUGCGAGGAGCUGGCCUGGAAGCUGCCGGACCACAUUGUUUAGUCGCCACCUUGGUCUCUCUCUCUCCAUGUUCCCACCAUGAGCUCUGGAGAUAUGGCCAAUGUUUUCCAGUUCCCAGCUCCUGGGGCUUGAGAAAGAUCCAGAUCUAACAGCCUAAAGAGCACGCUCUCGCCUCUUCCUUAAAUGGAAACUGUGGGCUACGGUGAGUUCCCUAAUAAGGGAAAGGGGGGAGGAAACCAAUGUUAACGGCGCACCUCCUACAGGACUAUGAAUGGUCGCUAACCAUUGACCACUCCCUGUGAAAUAGAUAGCAUUAGAGGCCCUUUUAUAGAAGAGAAAACUGAGGCUCAGAGGAGGGAUGUUUAAAAAAAAUUUAUUGAUUGAUUUUUAAAGAGAGAAACAUUGAUUUGUUGUUCCACUUAUUUAUGCAUUCAUUCUAUGUGCCCUGACAGGAUGGAACCAGCGGCAUAUUGGAACGAUGCUCUAAUCAACUGAGCUACCUGGCCAGGGUUCAGAGGAGGUUGUGUGUGUGUGUGUGUGUGUGUGUGUGUGUGUGUGUGUGUUUAAUGUUCCCCAAAUCACACAGCUACUAAGAGGUGGAACCAGAAUUUGAAUCUUGAUCCCAAACCAAACCACUGCAACUUUGGGUCAGUCCCCAGAGGUCUGCUUCAUUCUCUUGCAGCCCCUGCUGGCCUCUGUUGACCGGAGGGACUGACCACUGAGGUGCCACAAGCACCGUGGCUGGAGGGUGAAAUUGGUGUCCCCAGCCCUGCAUCCCGCCACCUGGGACCCUUUGUGAAAUGUGGGAGGAACGAUUUGAGCACCAGGUUCCACCUCCAUGAAGGGAAACAAAGGCAUAAACACGGUCCUCUCAAUAAGUGGAAGACGAGCGUAUAAACAGAUGCUCCGCUUUUGCAGCAUUGUUUAUUACAAAGAGAGAAACCUACAGUUACUU